CCGGCCUUUGUCGGCUGAGCCAGCUAGACCCGCGCGUGUGUAAUUUCCGGCGACGGGGUAGCUUCUCGUGGACCGUGUCUUUCGUGGAUUCUCCUCCGGCGACCAUUUUUUUCAAGCCCUUUCUUCUUUUCUCCUUGCGGCUUACACUUUUUGUACACGGUCUUGAGUUAAUUCAUUCCGGCUGUUGGGGCUCUUCUUGGUGUCUGGGUUCGGCGGCGGGCGGGAGAAUUUCCGGCAUAACGUGGUCCGGCCUUUCUGUGGGUGGGGUUUCAGGUUUCUGGAACUGCGGAGCCUCUGUCCGGCGUCGGCGCAUAGUCUGUUGAGUGUGGUGGACUGCUGGUUCGCUGGUGGAGGUUAGAGACGGCCGGAGGGAGGUACUUCCCUCGUUGGUUUCCCGAGGGCGCCGCUUGUUGACUCGUACAAGUAGUUCAGUUGACACAGAGAAAGAGAGAGAGGGCUACUUGCUUUCCUUGCUUGCCAGAAAAGUAAAUUCCAGCAGGGGAAGCCAGAGACAAGAGCGAGCGCGCGCGCGUGCGAGAGAGAGAGAGAGAGAGAGAGAGAGAGAGAGAGAGUAUGACCCGAACUUCUUAUCGGUGAAACAAAAGUUGAGUUUCCUCGCGGCUGGUUUGGAGAAAGGGAUGAGAAAUCUGAAGCAGCGCUUGCUUUGAGUAUACUUCCUGCAGCCGGCAGUCAUUUUUCAGGAGGGUUCCGUCAUCGGAGGAUUGUGUUGAAACUAUCGGCACUUCUAGCUCUCCGGAGGGGAAGCUUUUUUAAUUCUUGAUUUCGAUCCCGGAACUGGCGGUCGUUUGGGGGAUUUUCCGGCGGGAGCAAACACAAAAGGAAAAUAAAGGCGUCGGUGGUCGUUUUAUAAAUUGACGGCAUACGCUCGCGUUAAACAGCCGUGAAGCCGGAAUCGGCAGAAGCCCUUUUCUGGACGUUGAUUUCGCCAUUUUGGUUAAGAGUUUGGCCGUCUGACAAGGGUGUUAGGAGUAUUUUUCUCACUCGUGAGGAGAGUUUCCACAUAAUUACUGGCUCCUCCGGAUGGGAAAGAUCAGAUUUCUCUAGUUGAUGCCAACGUUUGCAGGAACUUGCUCCUUUGAUGCUUUGCCAUACCGAUCCUGCGGUACGUGAUUUACGAGCGCCUGAGAUGAAAGCUCCUACAUCGGUCGGUGCUGCUCCGGCCAAUUCCGGUGAAGGAGAACGAAAAACUAUCAACUCAGAGCUAUGGCAUGCAUGUGCUGGACCACUUAUUUCAUUGCCACCAGUUGGCAGUCUUGUAGUGUACUUUCCCCAGGGUCACAGCGAGCAGGUUGCAGCUUCGAUGCAAAAAGGGGCCAAUACUCACAUCCCAAAUUACCCCAAUCUUCCUUCAAAAUUGAUUUGUAUGCUGCACAAUGUCACCCUUCAUGCUGAUGCAGAAACAGAUGAGGUUUAUGCUCAAAUGACUCUUCAGCCUGUAAACAAGCUUGACAAGGAAGCAUUGCUGGCAUCUGAUCUUGGUCUGAAGCAAAGCAGGCAGCCAACAGAGUUCUUCUGCAAAACUCUUACGGCCAGUGAUACGAGCACACAUGGUGGAUUUUCUGUACCCCGACGUGCAGCAGAAAAAAUCUUCCCUCCUUUGGAUUUUUCAAUGCAACCACCAGCUCAAGAGCUAUCUGCCAAAGACCUGCAUGAUGUUUCAUGGACAUUUCGGCAUAUCUAUCGUGGUCAACCAAAGCGGCAUCUUCUUACAACAGGUUGGAGUGUCUUUGUCAGUGCAAAGAGGCUCGUUGCAGGUGAUUCUGUACUAUUUAUAAGAGAUGAUAAAUCACAGCUUUUAUUGGGCAUAAGACGUGCUAAUCGGCAGCAACCAGCUAUUUCCUCAUCAGUCCUGUCCAGCGACAGUAUGCAUAUAGGGAUUCUUGCUGCUGCUGCACAUGCUGCUGCAAACCAUAGUCCUUUCACUGUGUUCUAUAAUCCAAGGUUCCACAGAGCAAGCCCAUCAGAGUUUGUUGUCCCCUUGGCCAAAUAUCAUAAAGCUGUUUAUGGAACACAGAUUUCUCUUGGCAUGCGAUUCAGAAUGAUGUUUGAAACUGAGGAAUCUAGUGUGCGGAGGUAUAUGGGUACAAUCACAGGUAUCAGUGACUUGGAUCCUGUAAGAUGGAAGAACUCACAUUGGCGUAACCUUCAGGUCGGGUGGGAUGAAUCUACUGCUGGUGAGCGGCAGAACCGUGUGUCCCUUUGGGAGAUAGAACCAGUGAUAACUCCAUUUUUCUUAUGUCCUCCACCAUUUUUUAGACCUAAAUGCUUCAGACAACCAGGAAUGCCAGGUGAAGAGUCAGAGAUAGAGAAUGCCUUUAAAAAUGCAAUGCCUUGGCUUACUGAUGAUAUUGGCAUCAAAGAUGUUCAAAACCCAAUACAACAUGGUAUGAGUUUGGUUCAGUGGAUGAAUAUGCAGCAGAACCCCCAGAUUCUUGGUUCGGUUAAUCAAGCUGACUCUUUUCCCUCCAUCACACCAUCACAAUUACAUAAUGUUGGUGUGGAUGAUCCUUCAAAGCAAUUAGCCCUUCAGGGCCAUGUCCUACCAUUAUCUAACCUGCAGUUUGGACUACCCAACUUGCAGCAGCAAACUCAACAACUAGAUGGUCUUCAACAGCAAAAUAGGACUUUGGCAAACCCCUACACACAGACACAGAAACCAGGAAUCGCUGGUCAACAACUGCAGCAACAGCAACAACAGCUGCAGCAGCAGCAACAACAACAACAAGUGUCACAAGCAGCUCUUCAGUGCCUUAUCAGUCAACCAUUGACACAAUCUCAGCUACAAAACCAGCUGCUGCAACAGAAUCUCAUCCAGUCUAAACUACAACAGCAGCAAUUGCUUGGAGUGAACCAGCAGCAAUUACUUCUUUCCAAUCAGAAUCCCCUCCAAUCUUCUCUUCUGCAACAAAGUUUGCAAUUCCAAAAGCAGAUCCCAGAGCAACAACAAAGUCUUGUCCAACAACAACAACAGCAACAACAACAACAACAACAACCGUUGCCAUUAGCUGCAAAUCAGCUUCAGCUGCAGUUGUUGCAGAAAUUGCAGCAGCAACAGCAACUGCAGCAAUCACAAACAAGCACAAAUUUGCUGCCACAGCAGAUACCUCCACUUCAAGCACAACUGCAGAGUCAACUAAUUUCUCCAGCACACCAACAGUCUCAGCAGCAGCAGCAGCAGCAGCAACAACAACAACAACAACAACAACAACAACAACAACAACAACAACAAGCCCCCUGGCAACAACAGCAGCCACAGCAACAACAACAACUGCAACAGCAACAGCAGCAACAACAGCAACAACAACAACAACAGCAACUACAACAGCUACAGCAACAACAAAUGAACCCUUCAUUUCAUCAGAUUGGUGGUACUGAGCUAUUUCAUUCUUUGCCCAAUCAACCUCCACCAAGACCACCACAUCAAGAAGGCCAAUUGGUUAGUCCACCACCACAGUCAUUGCCUGUGUCAUCACAGUUAUUGCCUGUGUCUUCACAGUUAUUGCCCGUCUCAGCUGGCCACCUACAAGCUCCAACCAAGGCGUCAUUGCCUGCACGGGCUGAUUCAGUAUUCACAGAUGAUGAUUCACGGUCGAGCUCAACCUCACCUUUAGCGAAUAAUCGCUCUGCGUCUUCAAGCUUCAUUAACAGAGGACAACAGUGCUCAGUGCGAAUAGAUGAUCCAAAACGUACUGUGAACAACAAUUUAGUUCAAGAACCUCUGCAGCUGAAGGCCAAUCCACAGAUAAAGCAUGAGUUCCUUCCUAAACAGGAAAUUGAACAAGUAUCAUCCCAGUUACCUUCGAGAAACAAUACUGCUGACUAUUUGGAUGCAACUUCUUGUACAUCAUUUUGCUUGGAAGGUGGGCAACAGAAUGUGCGUACCACUUCUUUUCCACCAUCUUCAGCUAUUCUCAGAGACAGCAAUCCAGAUGGGGACAUUCAGGUUGACCCUCGAAAUAAUCUUCUCUUUGGUGUCAACAUUGAUGGCCCUCUGCCAGCUAGCUUGGAGUCGGAUACCUUGUUCACUAAUGGAUUUGGUUCUGCAAAGGACCUCCAAAAUUUGAUCUCUGGUUAUAGUACUCCAAGAGAUAUUGAGCCUGAAUUAUCUACAUCAGCAAUAUGUUCUCAGUCCUUUGGGGUUCAAGACAUGUCCUUUAAGCCUGGCUGUUCAAAUGGUGCCGCAGUUAAUGAAGCAGGCUUCAUUAACAAAAGUUCACGACCUCAGGCCCUUCAGCGGGUUCGGACUUUCACCAAGGUGUAUAAGCGUGGUUCAGUGGGGAGGUCUAUAGAUGUAACUCGGUACAAGGGCUAUGAUGAGCUUCGUCAUGACCUUGCCUGCAGGUUUGGAAUUCAAGGGCAGCUAGAGGAUCCACAGACUAGUUGCUGGAAACUAGUAUAUUUGGACCAUGAAAAUGAUAUUCUGCUCGUGGGAGAUGAUCCUUGGGAAGAGUUUGUGAGUUGCGUUCAGAGCAUCAAAAUACUUUCCACAGCAGAAGUCCAGCAGAUGAGCCUUGAUGGUGAUUUGGGGAACAUGCAGAUACCAAACCAGACAUGUAGUGGGUCGCAGGAGAAUGUUAUGUGGCGGGGUUACUGCGAGGAUAACUCAGGCAAUCACUCUCUCGCUUCAUUUGAUCAUUAACAAGGCGAUGGAUGAGUGCACCAUGGUGAUAUCAAGCCUUGCAUGCUGGAGGUUUAAGGUGCUAUUGAUGACUUGAAGUGGGCAGAGCAUAUGAAGAUCACCACUUCCCUGCAGUUUAUCACAGCAGCAGCGUCCCUUCUUUUAAAUGCAGACUAAUGGAGGAAAGGUAGUUCCACAGAGGUAGGUGAUGUUGCCUGUCCCUCUGGUCACUGCAAAAGAAUACUGUAUAGUAGAAAUUUUGAAGCUUCAAGGCAGCACAAGUAUUUAUCUGUGUUCUUUCUUACUGGUUUAUCUAGCGGCUCUGUAUUAGUUGUCAUUGAUUUUCGAUUUAAGUGGUGUAUAUGAGAAAUUCUUAAGCAUCAAUAGAAAAUGUGAUUAGAGCUUCUUGCCUUCAA